AUGGCCCCGUCUAGUCAAGCCAGAACUAAAGCCGCCGACGGUCCGCAGCGGUCGGCAGCAAGCGAUCGGGGGGAGGAGGCCAGGUCGACGAGGGCUGGAUGGACGCGAGUGAGGGAGUACGUAGAGGGCGUCGAUGACGCGCGGGGGGCCGGUGACGUCGCGCGCUUAGUGCCCCAGACGUCGAGGUCUCGCGGCAAUGAACGCGGGCCCGUAGUCUUCGGCGCGAGUCUCGCGCAGGGCGUCCGAAGCGCGCGCGCCCUGACACGCAGCAGCGCACCCGCCCUUGGCGCGCGGGCGCAGGACGCCGUCGCGCGGCGCUCCUCUGCGCUCCCCGGAGAAUGGAGCGCGUCCGGGGGUCUCGGGGCAAACGGCCUCGAAUGGCUCGCGGCGUUGAGUAAUAACAAGUGCUGUUUUAGCGGCGUGGCGGCGUGGCUGGCGGGAGGUGCUUGGGGUUGCGCGGGUUUGGACGCGGAGGAGGAGGAAGAGAGAUCACGGGGGAAGAGGAUCGAGAUGCGCAUGCGCGGGAUCUUGGCCAUUGUCAGAGAAGAAGAGAUCACGCUCGACGGUCGAGAUGCCCCUGGAGACGGAGAGCGACGGGAAAUGAAAAAGGACGGCAGGGGACGACAGGGGACGACGGGGGAUGAUGUGCGUCGAGGCUCGUCGGGGGUCGGAGUCGGAGGGGCCGCGGGGGGCCACGCCGGGACCGAUCGGGGGGUGCAGGCGCGGGCUCAGGCUGGGGAGCGAGCCUGUGGCGGGGAGAGCUUCCAAAGACUGGAGCGAAGCCGGGACCUGUCGAGGCUGGCACGGCCGGAAAGGAAUAGGAGUCUGCAGGAGUCCGCGGGUUCGAGAGGAGGUGGCGGUGGCGGUGGCAGUGGCGGGGGUCCUGCGGUGGGGAUGCCGGGGCGGGCGGACCCCGGCGCGUGGGAGGGCAGGGAGGGGGGGCAGGGAGGGUGGGCGGAUGAGGGGGGGGAGAGAUGGGACGAGACGGGGAUCGGUGGGGCGCCGCUCCCUGCGCUCUCCCACAACACAAUGGCUGCCGUCGUCCACCGCCAGCCCCUCCACGCCCACAGCCGCGACUCGCCUGCACCCGGCAUCCUCCUCAGCCCCCGCCCGUCGCCGUCCUGCGCCCCGCUGCCCGCCCCGGCCCCUUACCGCUCUCCGCUCCCCCAGCACUCCUCCACACACUCCUCCACCCACUCCCUCUCCACCGUCUCGUCCCCCUCGGACUCAGACGACACCCUCGCGUCCUCCUCCACAAAAACGACCCCGCCCCCGAGCACCCACCGCUCCUCCCCGCCCUCCGCACACCCCGACCCCCCGUCCUCCCAUCCCCCCCACACCGCCUCCGACCUCUCCGCAGCCACAGGUCGCCGCAUACGCUUCGCCCCGCUCCCAGACCCCCGCCGCCUCGUCCUGGUGACAGAGCAUGGCGACGAGCUCCCCCUCCUCCCCGCCGUCUUCGACGACGACCCCGACGACCCCGCCGCCCUUCCGGCCACUCUUCCCCCCUCCGACUCCUCUCACAGCCCCUCUCCCGCCCUCGCCCCCACCCGCUGCCAGUGCCCGCCCCCGCUCCUCCUGCUUGGCCGCUCCCCCGCCGACUGCCCAUGCCGCUCCCGCCCAACCAUCACCACACCCACCGCCGACAGCACCGCCCACCCCCACCCCCACGCCCCGCCGUCCCCGGGCAUCAGCACCUCCCUGCCCCCCUCCCCAACCUCCACCGCCCGCAACGCCUCCCCCCACGCCUCCACCCGCCGCCCCUCCUCCUCUUCCGGCCACCCCACCGCCGCCGCCGCCCUCGCCAAAAAACUCUUCAAGCCCUUCCUCCGCUCCACCCACCACCAGGACGACCUCCUCGGCACCGGCCUCGGCCUCUUCCGCUCCUCCUCCCGCGACAGCAGCCGCACCCGCGACGACUGGGGCUCGCCCCUCGGCCGCUGGGCCAGCGAGUCCGCCACCCCAGCCGCAGCCGCAGCCGAGGGCUCCGCCCCGACCGCCCGCCGCGGCAGCGCCUCGAGCACCACCAAGGGCGCCCCGCUCGCCCGCGCCCAGUCCGCCCAGUCCGCGCCCUCGUCCCCGCGCCGCACCACGCGCCUGCUCAACGGCCGCGUCUACGGCGCCCCGCGGCGCCCCGUCCAGCCGAAGAACGCGUUUGCGAACGUGCGCGACGAGGAGCCCGAGUUUGUCGAGUGGGGGUACGGCGGGAUGGGCAGCGUGCGCGCGAAUCGCGCCGCGGGUGCCGGGGUUGGUGGGGCGCAGGCGCCGGCGAGCGUGUGGAGUCGCUUGCAGAGCGACGACAAGGUCGUCGUGGGCGCGUGGGGGAGCGCGCGCGGCGCUGCGGGCGAGACGACGGACGGGGAACGAGACGAGCGGGGGAGGACGGUCAGGAGAGCCGGCGGCGGCGGGGGGGCGGUCGAAGACGAUAACGACGGGAGCGGGAUGGCGUGGGUGCGGAGGAGGAAGGAGGAGAAGAUGCGCCGGGAGCGCGAGGCGGAGGAGAAGGCAAAGGCGCCGGACAACGCGCGGCCCCCGUCGACCAGCCCGACGCCCGGCGACGAGCAGCCCGGGCGCACGACGCCGCGCCCGAGCGCGCUCGCGUCUGUGCCCGAGUCGCGCGAUGCCGACGUCGACGCCGUGUCGGUCGUGCCCGACGACGUGCCCGCGCUGGACUUCGACGAGGCCGAGGGCCCCCCUGCCGCGGACGAGUCUACGCACGCGGGGGUGCACGCGGACCAUGUCUACACCGCCGUGAGCGUCCCCGCGCCGCACUACCACCAUCACCACCACCACCACCACCACCAUCCCCAUCCGCAUCACCACCAUUCGCACUCGCACUCGCACUCGCACUCGCAUUCGCACUCGCGUGCGCACUCGAUUGACGCCGCCGUUGCCGCGGCGCACGCGCACGCCCCACAAGCGGCCGCGUCCGCGUCCGCGUCCGUGUCCGCGGCGGCUGGGAUAACCCCUGUUUCGGCGGCUACAGCGACCCCUAAUGGGGUCCCGGAGGCCCUCGAGGCGGCGACGCCGGCCGCGGCGGAGGCGGUGAUCCCCGCACCUCCAGCGCCGGCGGACGAGCCCGAACCGUCUGCGGCCGCGGUCGCGGUCGAGGUCGAGGCGGAGGUCGAGGCGGAGAGCUCCUCGAGCUCGGACAGCGAGGAGGAGACGGAUCGGGAGGGGUCGAAGGAGGAGGGCGAGCGCGAGGGGAGCGCGGAGAAGGACGAUGAGGAGGACGAUGAGGACGACGAGGAGGACGAGGAGGACCAGCACCGCAAGACGGCGCUCGGGGCGGGCGUCGAGCUCGUCAGCCGCCAUCGGGAUUGA